UGCGACAGUCGUCAGGAAAGCUGCACCUGAAAAAGGUCGAUGGGACGUUGGUUAUGGGUCUCAAAAAAUUAUCAUACAAAGUGGCAUAUCUGAUCAAAUUCAGGAGGAUGCAAGGCCGAAGAGGAAACGUAAUUUAAAAACAUUGCAUCACCUCUGUGGCAAAGGAGUAUCUCUGGAACAAGCACGGAGCACAUCUUUACCCCCCAUUUAUCAGCUGCCCCCUGAUUCUUUGUAUUGUUGUAAAAGGUGCACUGUUUACAGAUGUAUCUCGGACUUGAUGAGCCCGUGCGGGAAUGCCAGUAUAAUCAGAUCUGCACGCGCAACUCGUUACCUAUGGAGACCUUAGGGCACAAAAAGAAGAAGAUUCCCAGAAGGAAGUGGCAGGUCUUUCCCGGUCGAAAUAGAUUCUACUGUAAUGGAAGGGUCAUGAUGGCGAGGCAGACUGGGGUCUUCUACCUAACCCUAGUCCUGAUCAUGGUCACCAGCGGGCUUUUCUUCGCGUUCGACUGUCCGUUCCUGGCGUCCAACCUGACCCCAGCCAUCCCAGUGAUCGGAGGGGUGUUGUUUUUCUUUGUGCUGGGGAUGCUCUUCAGGGCCAGCUUCAGUGACCCGGGGGUCCUGCCCCGCGCCACGCCCGACGAGGCUGCCGACCUGGAGAGACAAAUAGGCGCGGCUAACGGCCCCAGUGGUCCAGGGUACAGGCCGCCCCCGAGGACCAGAGAGGUGGUCAUCAAUGGGCAGACGGUGAAGCUCAAGUACUGCUUCACCUGCAAGAUCUUCAGGCCCCCGCGGGCCUCGCACUGCAGCCUGUGCGACAACUGUGUGGAGCGUUUUGACCACCACUGUCCCUGGGUGGGGAACUGUGUGGGAAAGAGGAACUACCGUUUCUUCUAUCUCUUCAUCCUCUCCCUCUCCUUCCUCACCUUAUUCAUAUUCGCCUUCGUCAUCACACACGUCAUCCUGAGAUCCAACCGGACAGGCUUCCUCAGCGCACUCAAAGACAGCCCUGCCAGUGUGCUGGAGGUGCUGGUGUGUUUCUUCUCGGUGUGGUCCAUUGUGGGUCUGUCGGGCUUCCACACCUACCUGAUCAGCUCCAAUCAGACCACCAAUGAGGAUAUUAAAGGCUCGUGGUCGAACAAACGGGCGAAGGACAACUACAAUCCCUACAGCUACGGGAACAUCCUGACCAACUGUUGUGCUGCCCUCUGUGGUCCUCUUCCACCCAGUCUUAUUGACAGAAGAGGCUUCAUCCAGUCAGACACACCCCAGCCUGUGUCACACUCCAACGGAAGCAGCAUGUACGCCUCCACCCAGCUUCACACUCACAUGUGUAACCAAGAGCACUGCAUUCAGAGCACCAAAUUCGUUUUGCAGGCUGCCGCCACCCCCCUGCUCCACAGCAACUCCGUCAUGAUUGGUGGAGGGGGACCCCCUUUCCCUGGGAAGAGCUCCUUGGUGGUCCCCUGUGCCUCCCUGGCCCCCAGCCAGCCCUCCCUGCCCUCCAUGCCCGGGCUGAGCUGUGCAGGGGACAUGUUGACUCUGAGGGACCCAGACACCCACUGCCACCACCACCACUUUGCCAGCCCCGAGGAGACUCCCUCGCCCUCUGGCCCUAUGUCUCUGACUUUGCCCUGCGCUGCCCACAUGACCCACGGUGGACACAUCCACCCGGCCCAGCUCUACGACCCAGCCAGCCAGGACUCUCUGCAUGAGGACUCUGUCAGGGGCCUGGUUAAACUCAGCUCUGUCUGAGACUGGGCCCCACUGCCAUUUCCCCCUGGCUCUUUGGAACCACUACCCAGACAUCACACUAUUCCCUAUGUAAUGCACUACUUUUGAUCAUAGCCCAUGAACUCUGGUAAAAAGUAGUGCACUAUAUAGGGAAUAGGUUGCCAUUUGGGAUGUAGCCUCUCCCCUCUACCUCUCCUUCCCUCCACACUCAGGACCAAAGCCAUAUUUCCCCUAACAUUCCACCUGAGCCCUCCCUCCAUCCCACCCAGAUUUGCGUCCACCUGUUGAGUUCAGCUAUUGUAGUGCCAAACAGACAGGCAGACCCUCAGUCUCCACUGCACCUGACCAGGACCAAAGUCACACUUCUGACUCCCACUUCCUCUUCACAGUAGUAUAGCUGGUGCUCUACCAGGUGUCUACCAGGCCUGGAUACAGGUUCAGCCUUCUGCCAAAUGUUCAUGACUUGUGCUUUAUUCUCCAAUGACAUGUAGAGGAAAUCACCUGAAUCUCUCUUCUCUCUCUCAGCUAAAACCUACCAAGGCAGUUGCCAUUUUGUUUUGCUGACAUCCGAGGACACACACAGCGUGAUACUUCCCUGGUUCUUCAGGACUGUUGAUUAGCUGGAAAGACAUGAAUCAGGAGUAAAUACAGGACUUGUUUAUAGGUUUCCAUGUGUGUUGUGUGUCCUGAGUGGUGACACUCUUUUAUACAGUAGUAAUGGACACAGCCAAUCAGUGUUAGCCCUGGCCACAGAUGAUGUCACUUCCGGUUUGAGAUUGUGUCAACACUGUACGUGGUAAUCGGUGGUGUUCAUUAGUCAGUCCUGGUGUCUGUGUGACGCCAGUCACAUUUAAUUUUUGUUUUGUUCAAAUGUGAUGCCAAAACAUCACGACUGCAUCCCAAAUGUCACACUCUAUUUAGUGCACUACUUUUGACCCGGUCCUAUAGGGCUCUGGCAAAAGUAGCGCACUAUAUAGGGAAUAGGUUGCCAUUUGGGAUGUAGAUAAUAUGUAAUAUGAUUACUUUACCAAGAAAUUGUCAUUUACUUCCAGCUUUAUACAUUAAUGCCUGUGGAUAAUUAAUAAAUUCACAUUUUUUUAU